UAUUAUUCCACUUUAAGAGCUGAAUAUUGAACACACCGCCAUUAUUCGAACAUAUACGACGAUUUCAAUAACAAAAAAAGAGUUUGCCGCACUUUUUAUCAUAUCAUGGUUGUCUGAUAUCUCACUAUAUUUAUGGCACUUAUUUUACAACACACACUUUCUUUCGGUCUCUCUCUCUCUCUCUCUCUCUCUCGUUCCAUUUCCCUUCUUUGUCUUCCCUUAGUUGUUCGGCUGAUCCAAAACUCGUGUCACAUUCUCCAAACCAUCCAUUCACCCAUCUCGGCUCGAGACGGAUUUGGAGAACGUUUUAAAACGAUUCAUAAUAUCGUUUUCACAUUGACAUUUCUGAAGGAGUAAAAUAUCUCCAGUACAAUUUGAGAAAGAAUAAGAUAUAUGUAGAUCGUGGAGCAUAUAGGCCUAACAGUCCACGUGUCCUUUUGGAAUCAGUACACUGUAUUAUCAUUUUGUAUUGACUUAAGACAUCGCACCUGGUAUUAUUCCCGUGCGUCAGGGUUCAGGGUUCAUAAAGAAGAAAUGAUUAAGAAAUUGAGUGUAGCAGAAUAGACACAAAUACUACAGUUUUUUUUUAAAUAAAACAAAAGCCAAUCGCAUAUCGGCACAUGGAAGGAGAGGUGUGGGACACGUCAUUGAAAUAGUAACUGGAAGAUGAAGAAGUUGGCUUUUCAGUUGAGAAAACGAGCUAGUCAAAAUAAGAUUGUCUAAUCCUCGUGUGACGAAAUUGGUCUUUUACUGCGAUCAGGACCCACGUGUGUCUAACGUGUCUUCCUUAUUUGAUUACGCAAUAGACCAUUAUAAGAUUCUUGUGGUCGAUCUUGACUUUGUUUUUCGUGGUCGUUGUUGAGAUCACCAUGUUAUUUUGCGCAUUAUUACUUAUCUUCGUGCUCGAUGUCGGGAGCGCACAUGGACUGGUGAAGCUUCAUGAGGCCGUCGACCCGGUGGAGGAUGGCAACCAGUAUAUAAUCGCCUUGGAGCACAACAAACAUGUUGACGAAUUCGAGGAGAAAGUGUCAGAGUUAACUGCAAACAAUGAUACUUUUGAAUAUGAAGUCCUGUGGAAGAUUGAGACAGGAUUGAAGUUCCUUUUCGUCCAGAUGAAUGAAGCCGCCCUGAAUGCGAUACGUGAAUACGACGAUAUAGCUUUCAUUGAACAAGAUGGCUGGCUUCACAUCCAGAACAAGUCAACCAAAGAAAAGAAGAAGAAAGGAAAGUCAAAGAAUAUACCAAAGAAGAAGAAGAAAGAUGGAACACCGACCGAUCAGUGGGGUCUUGAUCGCAUAGAUCAAAGAAAUCUUCCUCUUAAUGGCGUUUUCUCCGUAGAUCCAAGCGCCGGUAAAGGUGCAAGCAUCUACAUAGUUGGGACCGGUAUCUUUGUCCAGCACGAGGACUUUGGUGGACGUGCCAGCAACAUUUAUGAUUACAGAGGAGAAAAUUUCAACGGUCGUGAUUGCAAUGGACAUGGAACUCACUUGGCCUCGAUAGCUGCUGGGAAUAAAUAUGGUGUGGCCAAGAAUGCUUCUAUUUACGGAAUGAGAAUCACCAGAUGUAGGGGCAGUGGAAAAAUGUCAGAUGCAGUCAAAGCCAUGCAAUGGUUGUCUGAGAAUUACAAAUGGCCCGGGGUUGCCCUUAUUGGAGUAGGGAGUACGGGAGACUCCCCCUCUCUGGAUAAUGCCAUACAUAGGAUCUACCUCAAGGGGUGCAUGGUGAUCCUACCGGCUGGUAACAAUAAUUCUCUCGCCUGUGACGUCUCACCAGGAAGGAUGAAAAUGCCUAUUACUGUAGCUGCUUCCACCCGGUCGGACUACCCGGUGUAUUUUAGCAACCAAGGUUCUUGUGUUGAUAUUAUAGCUCCUGGUAUGGGCAUCGAGGCAGCCUAUUACCACGGGAGUAAGACCUAUGUCGAAUCUCUUUCUGGAACCAGUGUAGCCAGUGCUUAUGUCACAGGUGCGGUUGCAAUGCACAUGGGUAAUGGGAUGCCCCCAUUCAAGAUUAAAGACUACCUAUUGCGUCACGCUUCUGAAGAUCAAAUCCACCAAUUAAAAGAGGGCACUCCCAACAAAUUCCUCUACGUGGGAAAAGUCACGUCUACGGAUAAUUACGAGAGAGUCGUCCCCAAAAUGAGCGAUGAUGAGAAAGAGGAUGAGAAGAAAAACGAUGAUGAUAAUAAAGGAGGCAAUGAUGCCGAGAAGCAGAAAGACGGAAAAGAAGAUUCACCGAAUUCGUCUUCACAAAACGACGUUAAAACAGAGCUUUAACUGGAAUUUGAAUUUUGAAAAAUUAGUCAGUACGUAAACUUUUACCCCUGUACUUUUUUAGCACUUGUUUCAUUCACGCGACUUCUACAUCUUCAUAUUAUCUAUGAUUUUAUGGUCAAAUUAAUCG